CCACCCGGCACAUCAACAUGUCAGCCCACGGCAAACCCCUCGCUACAGACGACCAAUGACAUCAUCAUACACACGCGCAGCCCCUCAUUCCAUCUCCAUCACUCCACCCUCCACUCACCUUGAUCAUGACCAUAUCCUUCAUCCAGAAUCGAUAGCCCCCAAAAAGCGGUGUACGCAGCGCAAGCCACUCCAUGUGCCCCACGGGAAAACAAGCUUUUUAGCAGCUUCGCAGAAAAGAGCUUGUCCGAGCCCUGCGCUGUCGAUCGAAUCACGUAUCCGCCCUCAACACCGCCGAGUCUCCAAUUGGAAUCGAUUGGAUACGGAUCAAGGAAACAAGAAAGCAGAGCAAUAA